UUAAAUCUAUUUUGUGAUGAGAUACCGCGGCUGUCGUAAACAUUAUUAUUAUUAAUUGAGAUAAUAAAAUGCAAAUAUGAAAUCGAACACUUAAGACCGUUCCUUAAUAACUGGUCUUAAUCGUUCUUACCAGCAAUCGAAUAUUCAUUCCGAUGUUCGUAUACACACACUUUUAUUACCGAUUCGUUUGAGUAGAUACUCAGUUUCUGAAAGAAUUGCAAAAACUAUUAUUUUUUAUAAAAGUUAAUUUAAACGAUAUUGACUGGAAUUCCAUUGACUCUCUCUGCGAUUGAAAAUGUUUCACAAUAUUGACACUUGCCUGGAAAAAUAUAUCCCACAAGAAGAAUUGAGUCAUGUCCAGAGGAUUUUGUAUGGGAAAAAAUUACAAAAACUUGAAUUACCAGCAACGUGUAUAAGCAAUAAGGACAAUGUGGAAGUGAAAGGUUUCAAGUUUGACAGUUUAACCGAAGAGUUACGAGAAAAACGGAUAGUUAGAGUUGGCGUUAUUCAACAUCAAAUUGUCCUCCCUACAACUGCUCCAUUAGUUGAACAACGAAAUGCGAUUUAUGACAAAGUUGGUAAAAUAAUUUCACUUGCAGCUGAGGCUAAUGUAAAUGUAUUAUGUCUUCAAGAAGCUUGGCCAAUGCCUUUUGUGUUUUGUACAAGAGAAAAAUUUCCUUGGUGUGAGUUUGCUGAAUCAGUUGAAGAUGGACCGACUACUAUGUUUCUAAAAGAUUUUUGUAAGCAGUACAAUAUGGUGAUUGUUUCGCCUAUUCUGGAACGUGAUGAACAUGAGGUCAUAUGGAAUACAGCUGUAGUCAUAGACAACUUUGGUAAAGUAAUAGGAAAGCACAGAAAAAACCAUAUUCCUAGGGUGGGUGAUUUCAAUGAGUCUACUUAUUACAUGGAAGGAAACACGGGCCAUCCCGUUUUUGAGACAGCUUUUGGUCGAAUUGCCAUUAAUAUUUGUUAUGGUCGUCACCAUCCUUUGAAUUGGUUGAUGUUUGGAUUGAAUGGAGCUGAAAUAGUUUUUAAUCCUUCUGCCACAAUCGAUGGUCUAAGUGAAACAUUGUGGGGAAUUGAAGCCAGAACGGCUGCUGUAGCCAAUAGUUAUUUUUCGUGUGCCAUCAACAGAGUGGGCACAGAAAUCUUCCCAACAGAGUUUACUAGUGGUGAUGGUAAACCAGCGCACCAAGAUUUUGGUCAUUUUUAUGGUUCCAGUUAUAUAACUGCUCCUGAUGGUUCAAGAACUCCUGGCCUUUCCAGGACUAGUGAUGGAUUGUUAAUUUCAGAAAUUGACUUGAAUCUUUGUAGACAAGUGAAGGAUCAUUGGGGAUUUCAAAUGACUCGGCGUUUAGAUUUAUAUGCAGAUUCAUUAGCAAAAAUUGUAAACACUGAUUGAUUUUGUCUGCUUCUACAUAUAAUUGUAAUUAUUUAAACAGCACAAUAUCAUAUAAACCUAUUAACUCUUUUUGAUUGAUUUUACUUAAUAAUUUAUCAUGUUUUUUUACAAACAUUUUUUUUAAUCUUCAAUUAUUUCAGUUUGUAUACCAUGUGAUGUAACUAAAUAUUUAUAAUAUAGC